GCAGCCGCCGCCGCGCGCUCCCCGUCGCCAGGACCCUGCGUGUCCCGGCGCGCGCGCGCGCCGGGCCCUGGCGGCCACGGCAGGUCCUCCACGCGCGUCCUCACGGAAGCGCAGCUAUGCGCGUGCGCCUAGGCUCGCACUCCAAAGUAGAAAGGAGACAGCUAGUGGUUGGCCGGGAGGGGAGACGGGGCAGUCCCCGGAAAUAAUCUCUACCCUCAAUCACCCGGAAUUGGCGAGGUAUCCUCUGCGGUGGAGAGGAAAUGCAGCCUGAGAGUGAUUCCCUAUUCCAGACAGUUCAAAGAAUUCUGAACCAUAAGCUGAGACCUGGAAUGGCCAAAUAUCAGGGUGAAGUUCAAAGUUUGAAACUGGAUGAUGAUUCAGUUAUAGAAGGAGUAAGUGACCAAGUACUUGUGGCAGUUGUGGUCAGUUUCGCUUUGAUUGCUACCCUGGUAUAUGCACUUUUCAGAAAUGCACAUCAAAACAUCCACCCAGAAAACCAAGAACUAAUAAGGGUACUUCGAGAACAACUUCAAACAGAACAGGAUGCACCUGCUGCUGCUCGACAGCAGUUUUACACUGACAUGUACUGUCCAAUCUGUUUACAUCAAGCCUCCUCCCCUGUGGAAACAAACUGUGGACAUCUCUUUUGUGGUACCUGCAUUAUUGCGUACUGGCGAUAUGGUUCAUGGCUUGGGGCAAUCAGUUGUCCAAUCUGUAGACAAACGGUAACUUUAUUGCUACCAGUAUUUAGUGAAAAUGACCAGUCUCAGGAUGUUGUAUCAUUGCAUCAAGAUAUUAAUGAUUAUAACCGGAGAUUCUCAGGGCAACCCAGAUCUAUUAUGGAAAGAAUUAUGGAUCUACCCACUUUACUGAGACAUGCAUUCAGGGAAAUGUUUUCAGUCGGUGGCCUUUUCUGGAUGUUCCGUAUCAGGAUAAUACUUUGUUUAAUGGGAGCCUUUUUCUAUCUUAUAUCACCUCUAGAUUUUGUACCUGAAGCCUUGUUUGGAAUUCUGGGCUUUUUAGAUGAUUUCUUUGUCAUCUUUUUGUUGCUUAUCUACAUCUCUAUUAUGUAUCGAGAAGUGAUAACACAGAGACUAAAUAGGUGAAAAAAAAGUUUACUAAAAUAUGAGCUAAUGUGUAAAAUCAAACAAAAGGACCCAUAGCAGUGUAAAGCAUUAGAAUAUUAUCUUACAAACUGAAGACUGCUGUCAGACAAACAUUUGAUUCUUAUUUGACAAAUACCUAGCAAUAUAUGACUGGAAUUUUUACAUGUUGCAGGUUCUAAUAUUAAGGUUAGAAUUAUAAUAAUUUACAACUGUAUCUUGAUUGUGUUGUCUGUAAAGUCUCUGGAAAAAACAUGAAAUUAUAUAAAAAGGGAUGCUUUAAUCUUUUUCUUUCCCCCGAAAUUACUCAGAUUAAUUGGAUGUAUAGUAACAUAGUGUUAAAUGUACACUUUAUCCAAUUUUUCCUUCUCAGUGAGUACCUAUAUGAUAGUAUAUUGCAACAAGACUCUAAAUGUUUUUGUUAAAAUAAAAUAUUGCACAAUAUUGGGAAAAAGUCAGUGUUUCUUAGCUAGUUAGUACUAGCUAAGUUUUGUGCAUUUGGAGCAGUUCUGCCUUUCCAUUCUGAUGUAAGUCUUUGUUAUCAGCUGAAGGUGAACAAAGAAACUUGAACUUUAUAAUCUAAUUUCACAUUCUGGUUUACAGAACACUAGAAUAAUUAACAAGAUGUAAGACAUUUAUCUCCAGUCAGCAUACUUCUGUUCUCAGUAUGGCAUUUAAACCAGAGUUUGAUCCUUUUAUACAACAGUGUAUCAAAGUAACUUGCAAAAGGAAUGUUUUUUCAGGAACCUGAAUGAUACUGCAAACAAGUAGUAGUUUGAUGCAUUUCUGAGAAAAGUGGUUCUUCACGGCCUGAGCAUCAGAGAGAAUACUGGGAGGGCGCUAGGGAGACUUUAAGUUUGACCAGAGAAAUUACUGGUGAGCUAGAGUAACAGAACGGACACAUUUGGUUCAUUUUCUCUUGAUAGAAAACUUGUGAUGCUGUCCCUAGAUGGUGCAAAAUGAGCAAAUGUCAGAGGUGAUUCAAUAGGAAAGCUAUUUUGGUUUUUUAAUGGCUACAGUGUAAGUAUCUAAUGCUCUCUUCUGCAGUUUUGUUUGAAAAGAGCCAAAACCACAAGUAUUAUGAAAUCCCAACUCCCUUGGCUGGUACUGCUCAGUAGCAAACUGGACAGCAGGAAGGUUGUUGAUGCCCAGGGGUGUUAGCUCUUGUCGCCUGCAAUCACUGAUAGUCACAUUGUCCAUUCGUGUACUAGUGAGCCUCCCUAUGUAUAAAUAGGCAAAAAAAAGAACAAAUCUGUCGCAGUCUCCCAAAUUAAUCAGAUUAUCCAUUAACUAAUAAGAUGCUGAAUAAAAUCAAUAAUGGUGUUUUCUAAUUUGGGCCUUGGACAAAGCUGUUGUUUGUUAGAGAAAAAAAACAGUAAUGCUUAAAUGUAGCAGUUUCUCACAUACUUUCCAUUUUACGCUUAAGACAGUUAGAUGAAGAAGGCAGGGUGGUGUCUUUCAUUUCACAGCUGAAAUCCCUGUUACUGAGGACAGGGGUUUUUUUGUCUGAAGCCACCCACAAAUAGUGACUGAACUGGUAGUAGACUCAAUAGGACUUUUGCGUGGGGUUCAGAUAAAUGUGAGGGUUGUUACGAAGAAGAGAAGCUAGAGAGAAACUGGGGUCCCUUGGAGUCUUUUGGAACAUACUGGAGUAAGAUAGGUGCUACUAAGAAAGGUCUAGAAAGAUGACAUACCAAGCUUCAUGAAUCUUAAAUCUGUACUUCUAAAUCAAACAUCUAAUAGGAUGACAUACUUCACAAAAAACUUUUCAGCUGCAGCUACUAAUUCUAAAAACUAAGGAGUAGGAGUUUGUUAUACCAGACUAGAAAUGCAUUUCCUACCACUGCAAACUUGGUGUGCAGCUAUAGCUAUAUAGCAAUGUCAUUUUUUACAGGAUUUCAUUCUCUGUGCAUGUUCUGCUUCAAGUGUCACAUUUCUAGUUACAAUAAUUUUAUUGUGAUAUUGGAAUUCUUUAUAAAACUUUGCUGGUAGAGGUGUAUUGUACCAUCUUUUGUAACACACGGAAACACUGUAUGAUCUGAAGUCUUAUUAAAUACAAAAGGAAACACAUGGGCAAUUUAGAAUUUUAGACCUGUUUAUUAUGUUAUCUGUAUUGAUCACCGAUAAUAAAUGUAGAUGGUGCCCAAGAGCAUUUAAAACAAGUAGAGUCAAUCAGUGUUUCAACAUAGUAAUACCUCUGUGAUUCAGAGUGAGAUCAUAUAAAUCAAAGCAACAAUUUGGACUUUGUAAACAGUAAUAUCAUAACUGUCACAGAAACAAAUGGUCCGACCCCAGGAGCGGGUAACUUGGGCAGGUCUAUGGAAAAAGAUGGAGGAAACAGUUGUUCUCAAUGCCCACUAGAACAGUGGUUUCAGCACCACAGUUCUCAGCAUUUGAAAGCAACAGGGGAGGAAAGAACUGUCUUGAUCCCUGUGGCUGUGCAGAUACCUACCUCACAGAGUUGCAGAGAAUUAAUGGUUGGAUUCAAACUUUGUGAUUUAAGAAUUUGUCAGACACCUGUUCUUUGGAAUAAAAACAACAUAUCUAAAAUUAAAAA